CCUCCUCCCGUCCAGAAGUCAUCUUAACAUCAUUUCUAGGUGCUCUGCAUAUGCCUGGAUUUUUUUCAGUGUCAGACACAUUACGUGGAAUGAUAGGAAAUCGACCCGCAGGAUUUGAGAUGCUAUGGUAUCAUUACGCGUGGUGCUGAGGACCCUGGGUAUCUAUAAGCAGUCAAAAAUCUUUGACCGGUCGACCCUUCACCGGGGAAAAAAGAAAUUAUAUAGUACGAGGCGCGGCGCCGUGCUCGAUGGCAUACUAGUGCCUCCAUCAAACUCUCUCUUAAACAUGGAUUCACAAACCUUCAUUCAUCUCUCAACCACCCUCCGGUACCAGAAUUAUUGUCUCGUGGCUUCUUGGGUCUACGAUUGUUUCCUAACCUUGGACCAGGAGGUAUCUUUGAUUCAUCGGCCACGGUGGAGCAAAGGAAGUAUUCUUUAUAUCUUGACGAGAUACAUGCCAGCCUUGAUGCUCUCUGCGCGAUUAUGCAUGAACUAUCUUCCGAAUGAAAAAUUUGUGACUUGUAACGUUCUACAGUCAAUAUGGUAUUAUGCUGCUGCGUUGUGCGUGACCGGUGCAGAAGGUAUCUUCAUGCUUCGUACCUAUGCAUUAUGGGGACAUAAGAGAUCCAUUCUGGGCCUUAUGUUGUCAACGGUACUGUGCCUGACGAUCUUGAACGUGGUAAUAACACUGAAGGUUUGGAACCAGUCGAGACUCCACCUAUCAGACAUAGGUGGCGGUUGUUACUCAUUAUCCCACAAUACGAAGGCUGCAUAUAAUUGGUCACUUCUAGCAGCAUUAGAGCUUGAGGUCAUGGUACUCACCAUGAUUCGUGUAUAUUGGGCAUACCGCGAACGAAGGUGUCUGCUGCUCGAUAUCCUUGUACAACACAACAUUUUUUACUUCGGAACUGGGCUAACACUAUCGGUGCUCAAUAUUUUAACCAUUCAAUGGCUACCGUUGAACUCCUCAAAUAUGUUUGCAACAUUUCAAAUUGUCAUGCAUACGGUCCUCGUCACUCGGAUGCACCUACAGUUCUACAACACCGUUUACGACUCCCCUGAGCCAGGAACUACAUCACACUCUCAAUUGACAAAUAUUGAACUCCAGACGCGUUCGCAUUCGAAUGCAUGAUCAUUCAAAUUUUAUCUUCAUUCAGAUUUUUUUCUAUUGUGUUGCAACGAAUCCAAGCUGUUGUUGGGCCAUCAGGAAAAGUGACAGAUACAGGGUAG